GUGACCCCCCGCUCCCGCAGGAACCCGCGGCGACGGCAGCCAUGGGGGCGCACCUGUCCCGGCGCUACCUGGGCGAUGCAUCCGGGGAGCCCGACCCCCUGCGGAUGCCCACCUUCGCGCCCGACUACGGCUUCCCGGGGCGCAAGGAGCGCGAGAUGGUGGCCACCCAGCAGCAGAUGAACGACGCGCAGCUGGUGCUCCAGCAGCGGGACUACUGCGCCCACUACCUCAUCCGGCUGCUCAAGUGCAAGCGCGACAGCUUCCCCAACUUCCUGGGCUGCAAGCGCGAGCAGCACGACUGGGACCACUGCGAGCACCUCGACUACGUGAUGCGCAUGAAGGAGUUUGAGCGGGAGCGGCGGCUGCUCCAGCGGAAGAAGCGGCGGGAGCAGAGGGAGGCGGCGGCGGCCAGAGGCCAGGGCGCCGGCGAGGUGGACCCCGAGGUGGCCCUGUAGUGGGCCCGCCCAGCACCCUGUGGACCAGCCGGAAAUAAAGGCCUCCAGCCCCUCAGCGCGAA